AUGUGCUAUUUAAGGAGGUUAAAGUUAAACCAAGGGAUUGAUCUGAGAGAGAGAUUAUAAGAGUUCCGGGUUAGAUCCGAUAAAGAUUGGGUAGGGUCGUACAAUUUCUCCAUGGAGACUCCUAAUUCUUAUGGCAGCUGGUAGGAGCUCCCUAUGGAUAUCUUGAGAUUUCUUUAGUCUUAAGCGAGUAGAAGAGAAGAAGAGGAUCAAUCUUCCACCUCUAGAGUCAAUUAAGGUUUCUUGUAUCUUCUAAGAAGCAAAGACGAGCAAACAACACUCACCGAAGAGAAGAAGAGGAUAAAUCUUCCACUUCUAGAGUCAAUUAAGUCUGACAUUUUUAGUCUUAAGCGAGUAGGAGAGAAGGACUUCAACGAGAGAGUAGUUGGUGGUUUCCCAGAGAAAGGGUUUAGCCAAAGGGUGAAAGAUCUGAGAGGGCUUUUGUGGAUGGACGAAAGGAAUGAAGAAUACACUGUUGCUUGAUUUUUUGACAAGGGUGCUGAAUACAUAGCAUUUUGCAAGAACGGGGAAGAUUGUUACCGUACCAUUCCAACACGGAUUGGUGUUCACUUUACCUCUCAAGGCAUAUCUGAUAUGGUACUCCGGGGUGACUUUCUUUACGUCUACACCACUCGUCCAUACGUUCGACUUCUGGAUUUGUCUGGGCAUGAAGGUUUCAUGCAAGUGACCAAGAGGAGCUUUAUAUUACCAUUUCACCCAGCUUUUACUCCGAGUUCUGAGGAAAUCACAUAUGCAAGUAGGUUAAAGGUUAGCUAUAACAUUGCUGUUACACGAUCCGGAGAUGUUUUGUUGGUUAAGAGCAUGGUUUUUAAGGCAACCACCUCUGAAAUGAUGAUGUUCCACUUCUACGAGACAGAUCGAACCAAACUCCAUCUACUUCACCCGUCAUGACCGUGUCCGUAACUAUGUCCAGGAACCUUCAUGCCCGGACAUCUGUGUUUUCAAUCUGACAACAAAGAAAUCACACGCUUCCCCAUCCUCUCCUACUUCAAUCCCAAGGAUGCACUAUGGUUUCUUAAAAUAUAAUGUAAAGCGUGUCUUGUAUUGAUCAACCACGAUGGGUAUAUAUACAAAUAGGAAUGUAUCAGAUGGAUGAAGGUAGUAGGGUGAUAGGUCCGUGAGCGUAGAAGUAGGAGUAGGGUUAGGGAUAUUAGUAGAAGUAGAAGUAGAAUGAUCCGUAGCCAUCGUUUUGAUGGUUGACGUUGAAGGAUAGUAGAAAAAUUAGGUCUUAGAGAUCUUUGGCUCUGAUACCAUAAAAUAUAAUGUAAAGCGUGUCUUGUAUUGAUCAACCACGAUGGGUAUAUAUACAAAUAGGAAUGGCAUAAUCUAGCUAGGAAUAGGAAACUAUAGAUUAGCCUAAAUCCCUAAGAUAUGGGAAUUGUACAUUAUUAUCAUUAUCCCUUUAUUUCUCCCUUGUUAAUUUGCUUCUCUGGAAUUUCCAGGUUGUGUUAUGUUUUUUCCUUCUCUAAUCUACCUUGCAGCAAUGAUGACCCUCCAACGCUUCCCAUGGUUUCUCACUGGCUCUUGAUUUGUUUCUUUCUUUUCAUUUUGGUGUCCUUGAGAGACUUCCUUGCUUAAUUGGAGGUCAUUAAAGCACCAAAUUAGUUAGUUGUUAACUUGUAAUAAUUCAUAUAAAAUCGGAUUGGUGAAGUUGUCUUCAGAGAAUUUCAUGCCUUUUGAGUUAUUGAUUAUAGUCCGGUUUAUACCUAUCUGAACUAUAGUCCAGAUUAUAGUUUCCUCUUGUUGUCAAAAAUAAAUAAAUAAUAACUGUAGUUUGCCUUUGGAUCAUAUAGGCUCAUUGCUUUUCAUGCCAUUAAGCUAAUCAACAAUUAUAUAUCUAAAACCUAAACCACCCAAAUCUGAUUCACUUGUCUAACAUUAAUUAUAAAAUACUCAUUAUAAAAUAACCAUUUGAUGGACUAAAACAAUAAACCAUAAGAGAGUCUCUAGCUAUAAAUUAACUUCUCCAUUUCAACUACUUCACAAGCCUCGAAAUGUAACAACUUCACAAUCUCUUUUCUCCUUAUUUAUAAACCUGCAUUCAAAUCUCAAAUAACACAAAUCUGUACUGCAAAACAAAAGAAAAGAGUUAUCCAAAAAAAAAAAGCAUUCUCCAAAAUGACCAAACGUUCACCAUUCUCACUUUUAACAUCAAUCGUUCUCAUAGUUGCUCUUUUUUCUGCAACAAUUGCACUCGAUCCUGCCCCUGAAGACCCGAUAUUCGAAUUGUACAUGCAUGACAUACUUGGUGGAAGCAGUCCAACGGCAAGACCCAUUACUGGUUUGCUUGGAAACAUUUACAACGGCCAAGUUCCAUUUGCUAAGCAGAUCGGUUUCGUUCCACCGGAAAACGGUGUAGCUAUACCAAAUGCAAACGGUGCAAUGCCGACGGUUAAUGGUAUCAACGGAAUUCCUCUAGGCACCGGUUUAUCCGGUACAGCGUUUUCAGGUCAGAAUCUAAAUGGGAUUCAGACACAACUGGGACCUGAUGGUCUGAGUCUUGGCUUUGGAACGAUCACUGUGAUUGACGACAUAAUCACAUCCGGUCCUGACUUGGGUUCUCAGCCACUUGGUAAAGCUCAGGGGGUUUAUGUUGCAAGCUCAGCAGACGGAAGCACACAGAUGAUGGCUUUCACUGCUAUGCUUGAAGGUGGAGAGUACAAUGAUAAUCUCAACUUCUAUGGAAUCUAUAGGAUCGGAAGCGCCAUGUCCCAUCUGUCUGUGACUGGAGGAACCGGAAGGUUUAAGAACGCUUGCGGGUUUGCAGAGGUUAGGCCCUUGAUUCCUUCGGGGCAACACUUUGUUGAUGGAGCAGAGAUGCUGCUGAGGAUCAUUGUCCAUCUUAAAUACUGAAACUUAUGUUCAAAACUUGCAACUGAAUGUUUAUUAAAUGUGUGAUUCAAUUUGCGAAAUGAGAAUGUUUUCUUGUGAUGGACACAA